AUGGGUUGGGUUUUAGUGUCAUCCUUAAUCAUCUUCCUGUACUUCCUACUUCAUUUUCCUUCCUACAAUUGUUUGUUGUGCAAUCCUCAUGACAAAUAUGCGUUGUUACAACUCAAAAACUCUUUUUUUGUUAACUCUUCCUUUCAUUUUCUUUUGGAGUAUGAUCCUUGUUUCUCACAUUCUUCAAAGACAAAAUCAUGGAAAAACAUAACAGAUUGUUGUGGGUGGGAUGGGAUCACGUGCGACACCAAGUCAGGCCAUGUGAUCGGUCUCCAUCUUUAUUGCAGUGAUCUUAGAGGACUUAUUCCACAAUGCUUGGCAACAUUUCCUUCUCUUUGGGCGUUGGAUUUGCAAGACAACAACCUUCACGGUAGCAUACCUGAUAAUUUUUCUAAAGGAAAUUCCUUUGAGACUCUAAAGUUGAAUGGAAAUCAGUUGAAGGGACCAUUACCACGAUCUUUGGCUCAUUGCACAAAAUUCGAGGUUUUGGAUCUUGAAAACAAUAACAUAGAGGAUACAUUUCCCUAUUGGUUAGAAACUUUGCCAAAUUUACAGGUACUCAGUUUACGGUCAAAUAAAUUUCAUGGUGUCAUCACUUCUUUCGGCACCAAACUUCCAUUUCCUAGUUUGAAGAUUUUUGAUAUCUCUGAUAACUAUUUUACCGGACCCUUGCCUAUAUCAUACAUCCACAACUUUCAAGGAAUGAAUGUGAAUGACAAUCAAACUGGUUUGAAAUAUUUGGGUAAAAAUAGUUUAUAUAAUGAUUCAAUAGUGAUUGUGAUGAAAGGGCUAUACAUGGAACUCGCGAGGAUACUGACUAUUUGCACAAGCAUUGAUUUAUCAAAUAAUAUGUUUGAAGGAGAAAUUUCGACAGUCAUUGGAGAGUUGCAUUCUCUCAAAGGGCUUAACCUUUCACACAAUAGAAUCACUGGUACCAUUCCACUAUCAUUGGGUAAUUUAAGCAAUUUGGAAUGGUUGGACCUCUCAUGGAACCAGUUGAAGGGUGAGAUUCCUAUGGCUUUGACAAAUUUGAAUUUUCUGGCUGUCUUGAACCUUUCACAAAACCAGUUUAAGGGAAUGAUACCUAAAGGUGGACAGUUUAACACAUUUGAAAAUGAUUCCUAUGUUGGAAAUCCAAUGUUGUGUGGAAUUCCUUUGUCAAAAUCCUGCAAAGAGAAUGAAGAAAAGUCACCAUAUUCAACACUUGAUAAAGAAGAAUCUGGAUUUGGGUGGAAAUCCGUUGUAGUGGGAUAUGCAUGUGGGAUGAUAUUUGGAAUAAUAUUGGGUUGUAAUGUGUUCUUCAUUGGAAAACCCCAAUUGCUUGCAAGACUUGUUGAGAGAGUUUUAAAUGUGAGAUUGAUCAGACCAACUAGCAGAAAGCCUACAAAUUGUUGGAAAAGGAUUAGAUUAACAUAGUUUUGUUUUAUGUGUGUUAAGUGUU